UCCCUUGGUCAUCAUGGCUUCCAGGCUCGGGAAUACAAUCCCAUUUAAACAGUUUAUGCUUCGAAGUGAGGUGCUAAAACUGUAUCGUGACAUCAUGAGAGCUAUCAGGCAGGUGUCCGACGCAGACCACAGGCGUGAACUAACAGAAUGGGUCAGACAUGACUUCAAGCAGAAUAAACACCACCAAGACGAGGAAACAAUCAAGAUGAUGUUGAUGAAGGGCAGAAUGUCACUGAAGGAACUAGAAAGUGCCAUACACUUAGCAAGGUGACAGCUGGAUCUACCCUCUGUGUGGCUGAAUGGACCUGGACAAGAGAGUGAGUGUUGUCCACCCAAUCCAUGGUGGUGUGGAAUACCUGUGUAUUGGACUCCUGGAAUACAACAGCCUUCUAAGUUAA